AUGGAAUUGCCGUCGGAUAUCCUGAUUGUAGGAGGAGGGGUCUUCGGACUCUCAACGGCCCUAUCUCUAACAAAGCGCCACCCAAAUUCGAAAAUUACCCUAAUCGAAUCCUCCCCAAUAAUCCCAAACCCCCACGGCUCCUCAGUGGACACCUCGCGCAUCGUGCGGGCCGACUAUGCAAACGCAGCCUACAGCAAGCUAGCCGACAAAGCCAUAAAAAAAUGGCGUAGCACAGCCUGGGGUGCCGAAGGGCGGUACACACAAAACGGCCUCUUGCUAGUUUACCCAGCAGACAGCGCCGGCGCAAAAGAGUACGCGCGCAAGAGCUUUGCCAACGUGCGGGCUAUCGAGGGCGACAAUGUUGAAUUCUUGCCGACGCAGAAGGACGUGUUGCGUGUUGUUCCUGCGUACGGGGAGGAUCUUGAUGUCGCGGGUGGAUAUGUGAAUUGGGGAUCUGGGUGGUCCGAUGCUGGGGCUAGUGUUGCGUAUGCGAAGGAGUUGGUUGACAAGACGGGGAAGGUUGAGUUCCGGACUGGGGAUGUUGAGAGAGUCCUUUACGAGCAGGUUGGUGGCAAGAAGUCCAAGGCUACAGGUGUUGUCUUUGCCGAUGGAACGACCCUCUCUGGUGACUUGGUCAUCCUCGCGACUGGAGCGUGGACAUCUAAGUUGGUUGAUAUGCGUGGUCGGGCCGUUGCGACUGGGCAGGCGAUUGCUUAUAUGUCUAUUUCUGAUGAGGAGCAGCGCGAGUUGGAGAAUCUGCCUACGAUUUUGAACUUUGCGACUGGUAUCUUUAUCAUCCCGCCUCGAGGCAACCUGCUUAAGAUUGCGCGCCAUGCGUUCGGGUACCGGAAUCCUGUUUCGGUCCCGGUGCCUGGUGCUCAGGGUCCUGGGGAACGGAUGGAUGUUUCUUUGCCUGAGAAGGGUGUCCCUGUUCCGCUUGAGGGACAGGAGGCUUUCCGGGUUGCGUUGAGGCAGCUUCUACCUCGGUUUGCGCAGAGGGAGUUUGUUGAUACGCGGGUUUGCUGGUAUACUGAUACGCCCAAAGGUGACUUCAUUGUUUCCUACCACCCUGAUCAUGAGGGGUUGUUCCUUGCUACUGGUGGUAGUGGACAUGCGUUCAAGUUCUUCCCUGUCAUCGGCGACAAGGUUGUUGAUGCGCUUGAAGGGACACUUGAUGCCGAGUUUAGCGAGAUGUGGACGUGGUCUGCUGCAGCGAUGGCUGAGGGUGAGGACUUUGACGGCGAUGGUAGUCGGUCUGGGGAGAGAAGGGCGAACUUGAAGGAUGAGUUGGCCAAGACGCAAAAGGCUUUGAGAAGCAGCACACUAUAG